AUGCCACCAUCGGGGAUCAUUAGACCUAGACAGCGCUCGACGUCCCAAGAGCUGAGGUCGCAGUGGGCGAGCCCUAACGAUAUCCUCUCCCUGCUGCUUCUGGUCGGCGGCGACGUGGUGCAGCAAGCGCUCGCUCAGCAAUCUGGGACCAAGCUCCCCACUCCGGUAGUGUUCUCAUUCGGCUGGGUCGGCUAUGCUUUCACCGCCCUCCUGUCGGCGGUUGGCAACAACCGAUUGAUGCCUCCUGCGCCGGGCCCAUCUUCCAUCAUCUUGAGCACCAACCACGGUCACCCUCGCACAAAUGACUCUUGGAUCUUGAACCGCCUACUACGGGACUACGAAAACCUCUGGAUGCCCAACCAAGUCAAGGUCGAGCUAGAGAAGAUGUUGCAAGCGGCUAAUGCUCCCAAGGCUGGCCUCUGCAUCGCUAUUUUCGAAGCAUCCGAGAAAGGCAUCGCGGGCGUUCCCCAGAAAGAUCUGUACUGGUUUUCCGGAUAUGUAGUCGCCCUGUUGCAGCUGGGUAUUGCGGCAGUACCAUGUGGUACCCAGGGAUCGUGGGAUGUGCUCCUCCUAACGGCGGUGGGAACCGGUCUAGCCUUCUUGACCGGCAGUCUCCCCCAAUGGAGACAAGAGCGGUGGGCCUGCAGACGCAAUUCCAAGAAGACCUUUGCCCUCUCGCACGGCAAUGGCGCCCAACACGUACUCGUCAUACAGGGAGCAGGGCGGGGUUUGGACCUCGAAGACAUUGCUAGAUCGGUCGAGAAGACUGCGUAUGACUGGAAGACCAAAGUGGCCUUUGGAUUGCUCACAACGCUAUGGGGCGGGCUUCUGAUCACGGUGUCAGGAGUCAGAAGACAGACUUGGUUUUUGCUCGCCGUUGGAGCCCUGAGCAUGGUUCACACAGUCAUCAUCGCUGCCGCUCCUCGCAAUCCGGAGUGGUUUGGAAUCUACUUGGACUAUCGCGGCGUCGUAGUCAAGAGAAAGGUGAUGGAGGCGCUGCAGUCGGCGGAAAAAACCCUUCCUGGCCUUGGACGGUCAAUGCUGCCGGUAUUCUUCCCUGGAACCAUGACAGAACACGACGUCCGGUGGUGGAGUCAAAAUUCUCCCGGACGUACUUACAGCCACGCAGACCUUGGGGCAUUGUCCGACAAGGCUGGUAGAGAAGAUACUCUUGAGAGACGCGCCGAGCAAUAG